CAAGAUAAAUGAAAAUCUGAAUUUUGUGUAAAUAAAUUAGCACUUUUCAUAAUUAAAAUGAUUGUAAAAUGAUAAAAUAGACAAUUGAUAACAUAUAUCAACUCGAGUUACUGUUUUCAUGGAAACCAUUCCAAACAUGCUCGGAGUGCCGAUAACUAAAGAAUGCACAUUCAGGAUAAUACGAUUAUCACGUUAUCUUGGUGUAACAUAACAAUCGCAACGCAAACUUGUUAAAUUAUCUUUGACCUUCAUUCAUUCAUUCAUUCAUAAGCUCAUCUUAAUCCUAGAUUUACGAUGGCCAAGUCAACUUCCUGCAAAGAAGCCAUAAAAAGGUGGGAAGAGAGUACAGGAAAAUCCGCGGAAACAGAAAAAGAAGUAAUUUUGUCAUUUCAAUGGCCUCCGAUUGACAAAAUGGACAACGGGUUAUCUCUUCUAAAGAAUGUAGAAAUGCUGUCUCUAUCAACAAAUAUGAUUGAAAAAAUAUCUCACCUUGACUCUUUGAAGAAUUUAAAAAUUUUAUCUAUUGGUCGUAACUAUAUAAAGACAUUCUCUGGUCUAGAGGUAGUUGGAGAUCAUUUAGAAGAAUUAUGGAUCUCUUACAAUAUGAUUGAAAAAAUAAAAGGUGUAAGUGCCUUUAAAGCACUAAAAGUUUUAUACAUGGGUAAUAAUUUAGUAAAAGAUUGGGCAGAGUUUAAUCGUCUCCAAGAAAUUCCAAAUCUUCAGGACCUUCUUUUUGUAAAUAAUCCUAUUUGUGAUAAUUUGGAGCCAGAAGCAUGGAGAACACAGGUCAUUCGAAGGCUUCCUAAACUAAAAAAACUCGACUCUAUCCCCAUCGUCCAUCCAGAUGACUAUUAACUAAUGAGAUGUAUAAAUCAAUGAACUGUAAAGAAUUUAGUACUAUAAUAUAUUAAAACAUGAUCAGAAAAUUAUGCGUAAUUUUCUACUUUCAUGUCAUUU